CAUCGGUUGUGUCUACAUACCGGGUUCCGUUGCAGAAACGAUGUCUUUUCUUUGCUGUGAUGUUUUGGAGGCGCAGAGUAGGGACUGCAGCGAAGCUUCAGGACCAUAUACUUAAACGGUGACGUUCCUGUUUCUUGAAGAAUUCAGGAACAAACUUCCUUCUCACUAUUGCUGAAGCGACAUUGCUCAGCUCGUACUACUGAACUUGCCGUCUCCCUCCUUCAUUUCCCGCUGCCUUGACUAUUGCCCUAGUCCCGCCAAUACCACAUUUGCAUAAAACAUUACAGCUUCAGACCCCACUCACGAUGGUGGAAUCCACAAACGCAGAACGUUUGGACUACUUGUGGGAGAUGGCUUUAGCCAUUCAUGGGGGUAUCAUUGAGCACCUUGACGAGGACCAUGAGCUUGACAACCCACUCAUCGCGCAACUCAAAGAGAUAGACCACUUCAUCGUGGUCAAGAAGGGUUUGCAAAGCCGUCGUAUCGAUCAGGCUAGUGACAACGAUAACCAACUUGCCGGGGGUGACACCACCCCUCCACGCAGCCACCAAUCCCCUUUGACCAUUGGGCACGUCAACAACCAGUCAAUCAGCCCCCCAAGCCAUCGUUCAACAGCUUCCCCUUCCCUUUUUGGUUCUUCUCCUGAGCCGCAGUACACUAGAGCGUCGGCGCCUGCACGACGAAAAGUCGCCCGUCGGAUCCCUGGAGAAUCUCGAAAUUCCAAAGCUCUGCGCGAGAUGCGACGCGCAGUACCCUAUGCAAGCUGGGUUGACAAUCCCAAGUGAAAGACGUGGAGCUGAUGAUCAGACAGUGAGAGGAAGGGGGGAUAUUACAUUGGCUUUUGGUGUCACAAAAGAAUUGGAAACGUGCAGGGAUAAUAGAGGUUGCAUCACUUUACGGAUACCCAAGUUAGAUCUCAUUAGCGUCGGACAUUUUCAGAGUCAUUACAGCAUUUAAUUCUAUGGCAAACAAUACAGUCAUUCCUACGGCG